AUAUAAUGAACUCACUGCACGUCCUGCUGCAUCUGAACAUGCUCAGCGAUACCUUACGGAGUUGCAACAGAUUGUGCAAGGAUGGGAAAAGAACAAAUCUUGGCUGCCGAGAGAGAGAAUAGAUGAGGUCAUUCGUGAAGCUGAAAAGUUAAAGAACUGGUUAAGUGACAAGGAGGCUGAGCAGAAGAAGACUUCUGGGUUUAGCAAACCAGCUUUCACGUCCGAUGAAGUGUACGAUAGGGUUUUAGAUCUCCAGGACAAG